AUGGCCUAUGAGACAGAAGAUCAUGAGACUCAAUACUGCUUUCCUACCAUUAACUCAUCAUGCAUCAAGACAAAACGCUCCACACAUGAAUACAAUUUCAUGUAUGUGUUUUUUUCAUUGCUGUCAGUAUGGACUGUGUUUCUGAAUCUGUUGGUGAUCAUCUCCGUCUCUCACUACAAGAAGCUUCACACUCCAUCCAACAUGCUCAUUCUCUCUCUGGCUGUGUCCGACCUGCUCAUAGGACUUAUUGUGAUACCUGUAGAGGCAAUCCAACUAAUUGAGGCAUGCUGGUACUUUGGAGACAUUUUCUGUGGAUUGUUUUUAAUCAUUAUGGCAGUGCUUCUCUCAACAACUCUUAAUAAUCUUGGAAUCAUUGCUGUUGACCGUUUUCUUGCUAGAGAAAAACAUUUAACAACAAGUUCAGUGAAGAGGAAAUCUGAGAGCAAAGCUGCUCUGACAUUAGGAAUCAUUGUGGUCAUUCAUCUGGUUUGCUGGUUGCCAGUGUAUAUAUGUUUUCUGCCAGCAGGUAUAGAAGUCCCAGUACCUGUCACAAACACCAUGCUUUGGACUGUGUAUUGUAACUCAGGUCUGAAUCCAGUUGUUUAUGCUUUAUUUUACCCUUGGUUUCGAAAGUCAGUUAAACACAUCCUAUCUCUUAACAUUUUCAGACCAUCAUCCUCUCUGAUUAAUAAUUAUUAA